AUGUCAGGAAUAUCACAGGAUUGGGAGCCAGUGGUGAUCCGCAAGAAGGCCCCUACUGCCGCCGCCCGCAAGGAUGAAAAAGCCGUCAACGCCGCCCGUCGCGCCGGCGCUGAGAUAGAAACCGUCAGGAAAUCUAAUGCGGGGACAAACAAGGCUGCCUCAAGCAGCGCCACGUUGAACACCAGAAAGCUCGAUGAAGAGACAGAAAAUUUGGCUCAUGAAAAGGUGCCCAGUGAACUGAAGAAAGCCAUCAUGCAGGCUCGAUUGGACAAGAAAUUGACCCAGGCUCAGCUUGCUCAGAUGAUAAAUGAGAAGCCCCAAAUCAUCCAGGAAUAUGAAUCUGGAAAGGCAAUUCCAAACCAGCAGAUUAUUUCAAAACUGGAAAGGGCCCUUGGCGUGAAACUGCGAGGAAAGAAAUAA